CUUUAUAAUUCAAUUAUAAAAAGUGGUGUAUCCAAAUAUUGCGGUAUUUAAGCAAAUUGAAUAUUCAAAUAAGUCCAUUAAAAUAAAUAAAAAAUGAAAGCUCUCCUUUUGGUAUGCCUUAUUGCUACAUCAAUGAUGGUCAAUGCUGUUCAAAUUCCUUAAGAGAAAGUCUUAAGUGCCUAAAGCGAUGCUCCUAGUUUCCUUCAUCUUCAAUAAACAUGUGUAUUUUGUUGCAAUGGAAGAUGUUGUUAAUCUGCUGGAUAUUGUAAUAAAGGCUCAUGUACUUUUGAAGUAGCUCCUUGGACUUGUGUUUAAGGAUGAUUGUUAUAUUCAUAUUAUAAUUAAGUUUAAUACACAAAAUCUUCAACCUUUAAAUGAGGAUUAUUAUUUUUCAUGCCUAAAACGAAUUAGCGC